AUGUCCCUUUGCAUCUUAAACUCAAUUUCCCGAGAGAAAACAUUCUCCGAGAGAGACAUAACCCCAAUUGUUACAAUAUGUCAUUUUGACAACACAAGCAGUCAGAUAUGUAUGUAUCACAAUUCAAGGUUUAUAAAUUACGUCAAACAGUCUAAAGCAGGAUUCAGAUGCAUAUUUAGGAUGCAAUGACAAGGGAAGCAUCCCAUCCAUAUGCCAUAAGGACAGCUCAUAUAACCUCAAAGAGGACAUCACUCACCGCCGCAAUACUAAUGUCAAAAGUCUGUUAUUACAGGAAAGAUUAUAAAUUUUUGUAUAUUCAAGAUGUAUGCACAGAAUGAUAUAAAUUCUAAUUAGAAGGUAUUAACUUUGCAUCAGGUAAUUAUUAUAAUUGACAUCAUGCUAAAAACAACUUUUAGCUUCCAAUAUCAUAUAGUUACGUAGUUUAGUAUAUGUAAUUACUAUUAUUGAUAGAGAGUCAUUUAUUAUUUAAUUAUUUAUUUAAUUAUAUGUUUACCAUGCACGCACCAAGAGUCAAAAGCAUGGAAUAUCACUGGUUAGCUCGACAAGAGAAAAAGUCACAAGAUUAAUAGCACUGAGAUAUAAAACGUAAUUACAGAAAAUAUUACUCAAGAGUUAAUGUGUAUUUAAUAAUUGUUAUAAUUAUCAAAUUGUCUUUUACUAUAUGUAUUAAACGUAUUACCCCGAAAAAAGCUUUAUUAAGACUAUUAUUAACGUUAAACUAAAUAUUAAAGUUUAUAAUAUCUAAAGAUAUAGCUUAUAGUCAUUGUACAAUUAAAGGCAACUUCUGUGUAUCUCAGCACAUAUUUCUUUUUGUUCACUACACAUAUAACUAAUUAUUCCACUUAUCUUAGGUGAUGACAGCAUCCUCCCCCCUGGCUGUCACACGGUGUGUUACGCGGAUGACACACUGGUGAUGGUCGGGGGGACCUCGUGGGAAGACGCGACCGCUCGGACGAACAUAGCGAUCAACCGCGUCGUGCGCUACGUAAGGAGGAUGGGACUCAAAGUGGCGCCCCAGAAAACCGAGGCCAUCUUUUUGCAUGAUGGCUCUCACGGGGCGCCGCCGAGAGUCCACAUCACAGUGGAGGACACCCCAAUAGAGGUGGGGGCCUGCAUGAAAUAUCUGAGCCUCCACCUUGACAAUAAGUGGACCUUCCAAGAACACUUCCGCCGCAUAUCCCCCAAAGUGAAGAGGGCAGCAAUGGCACUACAACGCCUGCUGCCCAAUCUCGGGGGACCUGGCGGAAGUGUAAGGAAGUUGUACGCCGGGACUGUACACGCCAUGCUGCUGUACGGGGCCCCAGUAUGGUCGAAAUGCCUGGGGGCUGCCCGCGGUCCCAGAGAUGCACUGAGACAGGUGCAGAAGCGGGUAGCCAACAGGAUAUGCAGGGGCUACCGUACGGUCAGCUGGGCGGCGACGGGGGUGCUCUCCGGAGUGCCCCCCGUUGAGAUGCUCGCCCGCAUGUAUGCUGAGGUGUACACGCGCACGCGUGGAUACCAGCGGGCGGGCAUCACUAUGACGGAAAGUCUCCGGCGUACUGUGAGGGUCCACUCCCGACGGGCGCUGAUCCAAAGUUGGAAGGAAUUCCUGGCGGACCCAACACUGCCAGGACAGCGCACCGUCGGGGCCAUACGGCCCUGUCUAGAAAACUGGCUAGACAGGGCCAAAGGUGGGGUGUCCUACCACAUGACGCAGGUGCUCACCGGACAUGGGUGUUUCGGUGAGUACCUGCACAGGAUUGGUAAAGAGCGCACGACGCGGUGCCAUCACUGCGGCCACGAGCGCGACACCGCCCAGCAUACACUCGCUGAGUGUGUUGCCUGGGCGGGAGAGAGAGAGAGGCUCGUGGCCGCGGUGGGGAGGGAUCUGUCAUUGCCCUCGGUAGUGAGGGCAAUGACAGACAAUGAGGACGCAUGGAGGACGUUCUCCUCCUUCUGCGGCGAAGUCAUGCUGCAGAAGGAGGAGGCGGAGAGGGAGAGAGAGAGAAUGGGGGAGGAGAGAGAGGAGGAGGGCGGGGACGUCCCCCCUCUUUCCCCGGCAUCGGCGGGUCCGCUUGUUUGUGGCGCCGGGGAUCGGAGAGGGGGCGCCCCUGGUGGGCGUGGAAGAAAGGGAGGAAGAAGAAGAAGAAACCAAACAGACGGGGGGGUGUGCCUCCUUCCCCUCCUCCGCCGUCGGCGGGUCCGCCCGCCGGGGGUGGUGGGGACCGGGGGGGGUACGACCUCCAAAGGAGGAACGCACCCAUGGGAGGAGGGGCCGGGCCCUCUCUUUCCGCGCCGCCGAUGGGCUUGCCCGUUUGUAACGGCGUGGAUCGGGGGGGGGGGGUCCGUCUCAAACAUACCCGCGUCAAUAAUUGACGCGGGAUGAGGGUUCCGGGGGGGGGCGGGGACAACUAAGUCCCAAGGGCCCUCCCCCCCGGGAGCCUCACGCGGGCCGGGCGCGUGGGUGCGUCACUCCACUAUGGGGGGGCGCUCUAUGUGCCCGGCUAGGGCAAACCCCUCCGGCCACGGCCGAUCCCUGGCUCUCAAAGGAGCGGGGGGGGGGACGCGGCUGGGGGGGCC